AUGAACCCUACUACACUCCGUGAGGUCUCAAAUCUUUCCGGUGGCNCGUCAUCAGCAGCAGCAACAGCAACAGAGGUAGCAGCCAAGAUGAACCCUACUACACUCCGUGAGGUCUCAAAUCUUUCCGGUGGCGCCGUCGACGUCAAGCAGCGGUUGGCACAGCGCGUCAGCGUCAACUGGGACUCGUACCGCUUGGCCCAGCCAACGUCGACCUCUAGAUCCAGCCUCUACGGCACCACUGCAGCGGCACCAGGAGCAUCAGCAGCGGAGCGGGCGAAGGACGCGCCCGCCAGCCCGCACGCCGACAGGUACCACGCCUACGACCCUGUCUACUGCAGCGAGAUUGUGAAGGAUAUCACCAAGAUGUAUAUGGAGAGGGAGCGACUGAUAGACCUGCACUCGUCAAGCGGCCAGCUAGUGGCGUCCCCGCGGUACCUCACGUACCAACCGGAGAUCAACGAGAAGAUGCGCAUGAUACUGGUCGACUGGCUGAUUGACGUGCACCUCAAGUUCAAGCUGCACCCCGAGACGAUGUACUUGGCGGUGAACAUCAUGGACCGCUACCUCUCGUGCGUAAACACAAAGCGAUCGACGGGGGCCUACGUGGCGCGCUCACAGCUCCAGCUUGUUGGCAUCACCGGCAUCCUACUCGCUGCUAAGUACGAGGAGAUCUGGCCGCCGGAGGUGAAGGAGUGCGUGCACAUAAGCGCCAAUACGUAUACGCGGGAUGAGGUGAUAAAGAUGGAGCGCAGCAUUUGCACCGCCCUCUCGUUCCGCCUCACAGUGCCGACGCCAUUCCCAUUCAUAGUGCGCCUGCUCAGCGUUGUGGAGGGGCUUGAGCGCGGUGGCAGCGGUGCCGAAGAACUUACGGCGUACAUGACGCUGCUGCGUCACACUGCGUUCUUCUUCCUUGAGCACGCCAUGCUCGACUACAAAUGCCUGCAGUUCGUCUCAUCGCAGCACGCGAAUGCCGCGCUGUUCCUCGCCCUCGUGACGAUGCGCAUCAAACAGCAAGGAGUGUCAUGCUCCUUGGCGGGCGAGACGAUUUGGAAUCGGCAGCUGCAGCACUACAGCAAGGCGCAGGUGCGAGACUUCAAGGCCUGCGCGGAGACCAUACUGGACUUCGUGAGCUACGUCCCCACGACGAAGUACCAGGCGGUGCGGCGCAAGUACAGCAGCACCAAGUACAGCGAGGUGGCGAAGCUCAUCAUGCCCAACGAGGUCCCCGACUGUUGA